AUGCCAACGAGGACCCUCACCUCCUCCUUCCUCACCACGUCCUGGAGCGAAACCGAGGCGAUACCCCCGCUGGCCGACCAGUCCUCGGUCCACAUCAAGCUCGGUACCGAGGAGGCCAAGUUCAGCGACCCAGAGUGGAAUGGCACUGGCUUGGGCCAGGCGGGGACUUCGGAGCCGAGUGUGUGGCACAUCGUGGGACACAUGCUCUUCAAGGGCGAGUUUCUGGGCAAGAAGGGAUCCUUUGUUGUCCAGGCUCUCAGCACGUACAACCACGGCAAGGUCAAGGGCACCUGGACUAUCCUCAGUGACUCGGCAACUAUCAAGGGCCACGGCAAGUUCCAUGUCGACCAGGCUGGCGGAAGCGAGCCGACCGAGUGCGAGUUGACCGUCGAGAGUUAG